UUCUUCAUCCCUGGUCACAGCGGAAAGUAUUUGUUGACUGUCAGUGGUGGCGAUGAGGUGUCGAUAUGGUAUCUAGAGCCGGAUCUUAGAAGAUCCUGGAAGAUACUUAACUGGAAUAUUCAAGGAGUAAUUAGCAAUGCGGUUCCUAACAGUGACGGCUGGGCUCGCGCAACAAUAGCUCUAUCGCACACUUCAGACCGGUGCGCAUUCUUCAACUUUUUUUUCUUCUGAGCGUGAGUUAAACGAAUUCCAGACGUAGAUACAUCACCCUGUACAACCUGACCUUUUGUGAUGAUGGGAGAGGACACCCAACAGCCACCUACGAGCAGAUCUUCGAGGGUGAAUUCCCUGAUCGGUUGGAGAUUCUUCGUGGGAACCUUAUCGGGAUGUAUAGGAGGUUUCGCCUCGGAGGGUAUCUGUUCAAUUAUCAGAGUCAAGUGACGAUCGAACUCCAAGGUGUAGCAGCUCAACCUUUCGGCCUAUGUUUGGCAAAGGAAGUUCUUAGCAAUUGCGUUAUAAUAGUUCAGUCUCUGAGCAUCAGCAUCUUUGCGUUGCCUGAAAUCGCGCGGGAUACCGAACCUCGACCAGGGGAAGCAAGGGUAUUCCAAGCACAACAUAUUUCUACCGCCCUCUGUUCUGAAGGUAGUGCAUGGAGCUCCGCCGUCAUCAUUCCCUACUGCGCUCCCUAUCCAGCGCAACGUGCAAGUCCUCCCUCUCAGCCUAUCUCCAUCCUUAUCCACGAACGGGAAAUAAUGGAAUCCGUAGGCACCCUGAACCAUUUCCUCGUCUAUGACUCACCAGGGUACUCCCCUAAAUCGUCUAUUCUCCGUACUCGCUCCCCAAAUAACCUUCCGAGCGCUGGCAGUUUCACCGAAACCAAUCUCUACGUAGCUCAAAUUCGUACCGGUGUGCAUCCAUAUUUCCUCGAUGUUGUGGCUUCUCCGACAAGCGGAAGAGGGCUAUGGUUAGAAUGGAGGAGUCAAUCGAUCGGGCGAGUCGUCCUCUUUGAUGCUGGUGACGGUGUUAUAGAUGACCCGUCAGGAAAAUUAAGUGAUAUUGGACCAUUUGAUGAUACAGGGUCUACUCGAAGGGGAUCGAGAAUCGGAGCUAAAGAUAUAGCGGACGCUUUCAGAGAUUGUACGGACUUUUCUUUGGAUGAUGGAACUGGGCGGGUGGUUGUCGUUGCUAGUCACGGACAAGUCCACAUCUUGCAGUUCGGGACCGCGUGAAACCAAUGCUGUAGUUUAUUCUGACCCUGCGCAGCCCGGGCCCGUCUUCUUGUACGAGUUGGCAGGCACAUGCCAUCCAGCUUGAGGACCGCGAACUCUAGAGUUGGUUUUCUGCUCGGAGCAGAUAUUUUACCGUGUCAUGUUUUGCACCGUGCUUCGACUGGUUUGGCUUAGCUAGGCCGGUGACUCCUAGACUAGCAGUACUUCGCGUCAUCCGCGCCAUCUCA